AUGACCUUGAGGGCAACCCCUGUCGGGCUAGCGGCCUCUAUGCUACGAGGUCGCGAGGGAGAAAAGGCGCCAAUGAGCAGCGCCUUUGUAAACGGUACAGUCUCAACACGCAAUCAAGCGAUUGAUGGUGUAUAUUAUCUUGCUUCAGCUCUUAAAACACUUUGCAUGCGCCAAGGGAUUCGAAAGAUAAUGGACUUUGCCCGAGGCUUGCGAACGAAAUAG